AUUUUUGGACACCGCCUUUGUAAAGUGACCUACACUUGAUAGUAGGGCAGUAAACUAUGUAGUUAGGGGGCAGUAUUAGGACACAGCUUCCUCCAAAUCCAGAACUUUCUGUGGCGUUGCUAAUGUGCUUUCGACGGUUUUCAUUUGGUAAUGUGACCCCGUGAAGUUAAAGAAAUUUGGUGAAGGCGUGUGGUUAGGAGGUAGUUUUUGGACACCGCCUUUGUAAAGUGACCUACACUUGAUAGUAGGGUAGUAAACUAUGUAGUUAGGGGGCAGUAUUAGGACACAGCUUUCUCCAAAUCCAGAACUUUCUGUGGUGUUCAUAAUGUGCAUUUGACGGUUUUUUUAUUUGCUAAUGUGAACCUGUGAAGUAGAAGUAAUUUGGUGAAGGUGAAGCUUACUUCAGUGUGUGGUUAGAGGGUCAUUUUUGGACACCGCCUUUGUAAAGUGACCUACACUUGAUAGUAGGGCAGUAAACUAUGUAGUUAGGGGGCAGUAUUAGGACACAGCUUCCUCCAAAUCCAGAACUUUCUGUGGCGUUGCUAAUGUGCUUUCGACGGUUUUCAUUUGGUAAUGUGACCCCGUGAAGUUAAAGAAAUUUGGUGAAGGCGUGUGGUUAGGAGGUAGUUUUUGGACACCGCCUUUGUAAAGUGACCUACACUUGAUAGUAGGGUAGUAAACUAUGUAGUUAGGGGGCAGUAUUAGGACACAGCUUUCUCCAAAUCCAGAACUUUCUGUGGUGUUCAUAAUGUGCAUUUGACGGUUUUUUUAUUUGCUAAUGUGAACCUGUGAAGUAGAAGUAAUUUGGUGAAGGUGAAGCUUACUUCAGUGUGUGGUUAGAGGGUCAUUUUUGGACACCGGCUUUGUAAAGUGACCUACACUUGAUAGUAGGGUAGUAUACUAAGUGGUUAGGGGGCAGUAUUUGGACACAGCUACUGUAUCUGCCACUUGGACGGCAUUAAGCGCUGGUACUGAAUGAAGAUGGCGGAGGCGGCUGAGAUUCGGCUAAACCGUUAUUUCUGUCACUGCUGUAAAGCUAAAGUGGAGCCCAAACUGCCGGAUUUGGUUUGUCCCAGCUGUGAGUCUGAUUUUAUUGAGGAGGUAACAGAAAACUCCAGUCUUCUACAGAUUGAGGACACUGCAAGUGACGAGGUGUUGGCCAGUGAUGGCAUGGCUUCUCACUUUGCUGAGUUAUGGCAGCUGCUCUUCCUGGAACGUUCCGCCCUGCUCUCCAACCCCAUCGCCUCCAACUCCAAAUCUCUCACCAGCAGCUCUACUCUUCCCACGGCGCUUUCUGAUCCUCCACCAGAUGCAUUACGGUCUAGAGUUUCUCCAGGAGAUUGUUCGGAGUCCUCAAAUGUUCAGAGGAUUCCUUCACAGCCCGAUCUACAGACACACCCAGAGACAGACCAAGGACCAGCGGUGGAGGGGAUCGUCCAGGAGUUCUUGACUGGCCUAUUCUCCAACUCUGGUAGUGCGAGAUCCCAGCUGUCAUCAUGGUCUGGAAUGUUGCACUCAAACCCGGGAGAUUAUGCCUGGGGACAGGGAGGGUACGAUGCAGUCAUCACACAGUUGCUGGGUCAGUUGGAGAAUGCUGGUCCCCCACCUGCUGAGAAAGAAAUGAUCUCAUCCCUUCCUACCAUCCACGUCUCCUCAGAGCAAACCGCAAGGCGUUUGGAAUGCCCUGUGUGCAGGGAGGAGUACUCACCAGGGGAAUUGGUCCGACAGCUGCCCUGUCUGCACUGUUUUCACACUGACUGCAUAGUGCCUUGGUUACAGCUGCAUGAUACUUGUCCUGUGUGUCGGAAAAAUCUACAUGGCGAAGAUGUCAAACUUCUAAACCAGACUCCAGCUGAAGAGGCCGGCUCUGUCACCAGAGAAACCUCCAAAACUUAGCAUUUCAGAAAAGACCUCAUAAUACUUUCUCUUCUUUAACAAGAACUCCUCACAAUUUACAUCUAUGCUGCAAACCAAAUUCAACUAAUUAGCUAUCAGACUUUUAUUUAGCUGAUCCUCACACUUAAUUACAAGUAUUUCUUAAUAUCUUAUAGUUCUGUGUGCAAGCGUAUCAUAUGUCUGGGUAAACAGGCCCUGAAAACACUGGUCUAGACUGAACUUCUUAUGUUUACACAACGUUCUUGUUAUGUCAGUCUGAAUUUAGACAAGCCUCAAGGUGUCUUGCAUUCCUCGAACACAAACAUGGCAGACUUCUGUGCUAUAAAGUCAGCAGCAUUGUUUGGUUACCUUGUCGCCUCUGAAUUCUACCUAAAGCACAUCUAAGCAUUAAAAAUUGCACAUAAGUUA